UACAUGAAAUGUUACUAUAAACCACUCAGAACAAACGCAUCCUGUUGACAACAAAAUUCGUGUGCUUAUACUUAUAAAUCUCACUGGUUCUCCUGAACUCACAAUAUAUAUCAGUGCUGCGAACACUGCUACAAGCUGAGCGAGUCAGUAGUGUGGUUAUCCACAGCAAGUGCCUUAAUUAGGAAAGAUGUGGUCAGUCCAGGCGGUGCUCCCCGUCGCCCUCUGUUGUUUUGUAUUAGUCAGUAAAGUGACCAGCGGGCAGGGGUCAAUGUCCAGCGUCUGCCGCCAAAUGGCUCAGGCGGCCUGCGCGGCGGCCCACAGCGUCUGCAACAACGUAGACCGGACCUUCUCGUCUUCAUCUUCGUCUUCAUCUUCGUCCUCAUCGGGCCAGGGUUCCAGCCAAGCAGACAACAAGCCAGUUCAACCCACCACAGGAAGUCCUACACCUUACCGCCCUAGUCUGGACUUCAGUGGACUGAGGAAACAACCAGGAAGUAAUCCCCCGCCCAUGGGUGCUUCCCAAAGUCUAACCAGAGCGCGGGACGCGGCUCAAGCCUUUAAUAGAUUUUCCUCCAAGCUCUACGACACCCUGGCCAAAGAAAAACCUGCAGAGAACCUGUUCUUUAGUCCACUGAGUAUUGCCACCGUUAUGUCUAUGGUUUCUUUAGGGGCAAAUGGAAAUACAAAAGAUGAAAUGGAAACUGUGCUUUCGCUGAAGACAUUGCCAGAAAAGAACGUGGGUCUCCAGGCCUUGAACGGAAUUUUGUUUGGUGAGGAAAGGACAUACAUACUACGGGCGGCCAACAGGCUGUUUGCAAACCCGUCUUACUCGUUCCGUACAGCUUAUCUACGGCUCUGUGAGUCCAUCUUUAAUGCUUCACUUCGGGGAGUUGAUUUCCGGAACCCCGUUGCAGCCGCUAACAUCGUCAACAGAUUUGUAGAGGAGCAAACCCAGUCGAAGAUCAAGAACUUGCUUCCACCCUCGUUGAUAAACCAAAACACUGUGAUGGUUCUCGUCAACGCUAUUUACUUCAAAGGCACUUGGAGGCGGCAAUUUGACGAGAGAGCAACUGAAUUGAAAAUCUGGUACCAGCCUGUGUCAGGGUCCAGAUCUUUUGUCACAAAAAGUACGAAGAUGAUGUAUCAACGCGGAAGCUUUAAUUACAAAUUUAGCCGCGAGCUGAACAGCAGGAUACUUGAGGUUCCUUACAGCGGCGAUGCCAGCAUGUUCAUCAUCCUACCCGAGGUGUUUGAUGACUAUUUGGAAGUUGAGAAGAAACUAAGUUUACCCGGUGGUUUGAACCAGGCUCUGUCGGGACUAACAAACAUCACUCUUGACGUGCAUCUUCCCAAGUUUACUCUCAAGAAUAUGAAGGUCAACUUGAAGCGACCCUUGAACGAGAUGGGGAUGGUGGACGUCUUCGAGCGUUCCAGGGCUGAUCUAUCCGGUAUUGCCAUCCAAGCGAAUGGUCUCUAUAUUUCAGCGGCUGUUCACGAGGCUUUUAUUGCAGUAGAUGAGAAGGGGACGGAGGCGGCGGCGGCCACCGCUGCAGUGGCCUCGGUGCGCUCCAUGAUGACACCCCCUCUCUUCAAUGCGGAUCAUCCCUUCACUUUCCUGAUAACAGAGAAGACCACUGGCGCCAUAUUGUUCAUGGGUCGCCUCGUGGACCCCACGGGAGCGUUUGUGUAAAUGGCAUUAAUGUGAUGACGUUCAGAUGACUUUCUGUGAAGACUUACGCCAUCUGCGUUUUUUUUUCUGUUUAAUUUCAUGAGAUAAUUUCCCGCCAACGCGUUCAGCGUGUAUUCAGAUAGUUAAUGCAAACAUAUAUAAUAUGACAUGAAGAACAAUAUUUGAAGCCACUAAAAACGCGCAUGUUUGAAGAGUCAGUAUUUUAUCUAUUUAUAUAUGCUAUACUUUAUUUUAUCUAUUUAUAUAUGCUAAACUUUAUCAAUCUUCUUUCCUCAGUCAUUGUAUCACAAAACACACGUACCUGUACUUUAUUAUAACCAUUCAUGUCAUACCUGUAAUUACGUGAGUUAACAUCAUCCUCUAUUUUAGACACGUACGCUGCAGUUACCAAAAUUUACGAACACCCCCUUUACUAAGUUGGAAUGUAGUAUAUACUCUUUCCUUAAAGUUGGAAAUAAAUCUCAAACGUCAAACAAUAUGCUAUUCAAAAAUUUAUCAUACUAGUUGAAAAAAACUGGCUAGGAGACAACUUACACAGCUUUUUGCAUUUAUCAGGAAAAUAAAAAUUUGUUGAAUGU